AUGAUCGACCACGUGCUAGGCCGGCCGUCGAUGAGAUGGCGGAAGUAUCAGGUCUUGGGAAUCAUUGCCUUUUGGGCGGCAUAUCUUAGAGUAGCCCCUAGGCAUGGUUUCUUCCUGCGCGGCGUCUGGAGGUACUUGUCCAAACGCAUGUCUGUCCACCAGACCUUCGUUUUGACCUUGAUCAUCCACUAUGCCUGUCGCAACUUGAGUACCCUGUUGGGUCUCGCAAGUCCCGACCCUCUCUCCAACAUGUAUGAGGCCUCGUACUUCCGCGCGACCUGGAUCCUGACCGCCCUCGACGCCGGCUUCUGGACCGCCAUGAAAGUCCGCUGGCGGCCCCUGCGCGAGGUCACCAGCGUCAUCUUCUCCAUCUUCUACCUCUUCGCCGCUGAGCUGGCCGAUGAGAAGGUGCGCAAGGUGCGCGGCAGAAUCACCGUCGAGCACAUGCGCGUCAGCUGGAACAAGGGCGCCGCAUCGCCCAUCCUCAGGACCUUCCAGGCAAUCAUCCGUCGUCUGAGGGGUCGUGCUAUGAGCUAUCGUCCUGUUCCCAUCUUGAUCUCCCGCCCGCCUGAGAGCAAGUACUCGGACAAGAUCAAGGCGUGGUUGUAUUUUGACGGGCCCAAGGAGGAGUUGCUUCACCAGAAGAAUGUUAUCUUGGAUAUUCCUGGCGGUGGCUUCGUGGCCAUGACGCCGAGGUGCAACGACGACAGACUCGAGAUGUGGGCGAAAGACUUGAAGAUCCCCAUCCUGAGUUUGGAGUACAAGAAGGCUCCCGAAUAUCCGUAUCCGUAUGCCCUCAACGAGUGCUAUGAUGCCUACUCGACGCUCAUCCAGACCAAGGGUCGCUGCAUCGGAUUGUCUGGGGAUAGUGUCCCCAACGUGAUCCUCACUGGCGACAGCGCCGGCGGGAAUUUGGCCACGGCAACGACUUUGAUGAUCAUCGAGAGCGGGUCCGGACCUCUGGGCCGUCUGAAGGAGAGUCACGAUCUGCCCAUCCCUGACGGUCUUAUUCUCUUCUACCCCGCUCUCGACAUGAACAUCAGCAGCUGGAUGUCCGAAGAGCAGCUGGCCCUGAUUAAGGACCGCCGCUUGCGGAAGGAGAAUAAGCUUAUCAUCGAGACCAAGGCCACGCAGUACCCGACGAUCGCCAACACUCCAGAGAAGGUUAGCAGCCCCGUGCAGUCCGACACCGAAGCCGAUACCACCACGCCUGCCCCCAUUCGCUCCGACUCAACCCCCACCAACGAACAGGCUACCAAGCCGGCGCCCAAGUACGCGACCACCGCGCCGACCAAGUUCAAGGGCAUCACGCAAGGCCCGCCGCGCUCGACGGACGAGACUAUCAGCGAGGCGACUGCGCGGCUGCGGGCCCUUAAGCAAGCCCAAGCCAGCAACCACUACGGCACGACGCCGCAGCAGCGCCCGCUGCGCACCCAGCUCGCCAUGUCAUCCAUCAUCUCCUACUUCAACGACCGCAUCUUGACGCCUGAAAUGAUGCGCGCCAUGGUCAUCCUCUACGUCGGCCCGCACAACAAGCCCGAUUUCCAAAAGGACUAUCUGCUCAGUCCGAUUCUGGCACCCGAUGCGCUGUUGGCCAAGUUCCCCAAGACGUAUUUCAUUACGGGAGAGCGCGAUCCGCUUGUGGACGAUACAGCUAUUUUUGCGGGCAGAUUGAGGAGGGUUAAAGCGGCCCAGAUGGCGAGCAAGGGGCAACGGUUCGAGUACAGGGACAGCGAUGCCAAUACGCCGGGGUACGAUCCGCGCGCGGUGAGUGAGAUUUGGAUCGUACCUGGUGUGAGUCACGGGUUUGGACAGUUCCCUGCGCUGUAUGAGAACGCGUAUAAGUUUUUGGAGCAGGCGGAAGGAUAUAUGAGGAAGUUGUUUGCCGAGGCUGAGAAGCGCAAGGCGAGGGAGAGCGGGGAGAAGCAGUGGCUGGAGCGGAUGCGUAGGCGGAGCAAGGAAGAGAGUGAUGAUGAUGAACCGCACAUGCUUGUGCUCAAUGUCAAGAAGAACUCUAAUAUCAGGCUUCAGGAUAUUGAGGCUGCUAAGAGAGCCGCUGCUGUUGCUACUGCCGCUGCGACGGCUGCUUCUGGGGACAGCACGAAAAAGACGCCGACGAGAGCGACGAGGAGGAGGACCUCUUCUAUGCCGGGAACGUACGCGUAUCAAUCUACGUCUUCCUCGGAGGCGGACGAGAGUGACGCUACGGCUCGGCCGAGGUCGGCUUCCGUGUUGGUGAAGGUUAAUGGGAAGAAGGCUGAUGGGCAGGAGAAGGACAAGAAGGAUGAGCAGGACGGGGAGAAGCGAAAGCAGAAGGGUGGCGAGAACGGCGAGCAAAAGGUGGUUACUGCUGAUGGAACUGGAAGUGACGGCUAUGAGUCGGACAAGGAGGAUAACCAUUUUGAUGUGGAUGAGGUGUUGGCUAGGCAGCAUAAGGUUGGGAGUGAAGUGGAUCUGCUGGUCAGGAGGAUGACGACUGUUGUGGCUCCGCUGACGGAGACGGAGGAGGAGGGAGAGGGGGAGAAGAGUGGGUGA